AUGAACAGAGGAGAGGAACUGUUUAAGGGUGUGCCAAUGUUAUCGGUGCAACCAAAAGGAAAGCAGAAGGGCUGUGCCGGCUGCAAUCGUAAGAUCAAGGACCGCUACCUUCUGAAGGCCUUGGAUAAGUACUGGCAUGAGGAUUGCUUAAAGUGUGCCUGCUGCGACUGUCGCCUGGGAGAGGUUGGAUCAACACUUUACACAAAAGCAAAUCUCAUUCUCUGCCGCAGAGAUUACCUGAGGCUCUUUGGGACCACUGGGAAUUGUGCUGCCUGCAGUAAGCUGAUCCCUGCCUUUGAGAUGGUGAUGAGGGCCCGAGAUAACGUUUACCAUUUGGACUGCUUUGCCUGCCAGCUUUGCAACCAGAGAUUUUGCGUGGGGGACAAGUUUUUCCUGAAGAACAAUAUGAUCUUGUGUCAGAUGGACUAUGAGGAGGGGCAACUGAAUGGAAGCUUUGAGCCCCAAGUUCAAUAG